CAUCCACAAUUCUCCACGGCACGUCCUCACACAAAAUUCAUUACAAUUUACAACCACAAUCAAUAACAAAGCAUCAAACCGCUAAAACGUCUCCGUUUCUUGAACUUACCAGCACCGCUAUCAUCUAUCUUAAACAAAUGAAAAGUGAAGCACAGGCCACCAAACUAUUCAGACAAAGAAAACAAACAAAAAAUAAAACUUAAAGAAACACAAAACCCAUAACACCAUUAUUUAUUACCCCAUAAUCCAUAAUAUUUUAUCCAUCUCUCUCUAAUCUGUCGCUUGGUCUUCAAGAGAACGUGAAAACCCUACUCUAAGUUUCAAACUUUUCACUACUAAAUUGAAUUCUCUCUUGUUUUGUUUUAGAGGUUACGUUUAAGCUUUCUCAAAUCCUUUUUUGAUUUUGUUUUGCGUAAAGUAUUAAUCUUUCUUCGUUUUGACUUAAUGGGUUCUCUUAAUCCAAUCGUAGAAUCCCAAUCUUUACUCAACAGACCUCAUCUUCAGUUAAUAUCCCCAUCAUCCUCCUCUAAUACUAAUUUUGUUCAGUCAAGUUUUGUGCCAAAGACUCUGUCUUUUCAGUUCAAAGCUCCAAGAAUUGGUUACAAUAUGCCGCCUUUGAAGGCUUCUGUUACAGUUUCUGCAACUACUGCAGCAGAGAAGCCUAAAAAGAGGUACCCGGGAGAGGGAAAAGGAUUUGUUGAGGAGAUGAGAUUUGUGGCUAUGAAAUUGCAUACGAGAGAGCAAGCUAGAGAAGGAGAAAAGGAAGUUGAGAAACCUGAAGAGACUGCUGUUCCUAAAUGGCAGCCUUCUGUUGAUGGCUAUUUGAGGUUUUUGGUUGAUAGCAAACUGGUUUAUGAUACCCUUGAAACCAUUGUUCAUCAGGCUGCUUUCCCUUUUUAUGCCGAGUUCAAAAACACUGGGCUUGAAAGAUCUGAGGCGCUGGCGAAAGAUUUGGAGUGGUUUAAAGAGCAGGGUUAUGCCAUUCCUGAACCAUCUUCCCCUGGUGUCAAUUACUCUCAGCUUCUGAAGGAAUUGGCAGAGAAGAAUCCUCCAGCAUUUAUUUGCCACUUCUACAAUAUAUACUUCGCCCAUACUGCUGGCGGCAGAAUGAUCGGAAAGAAGGUGGCACAGAAGAUACUUAACAGCAAGGAGUUAGAGUUCUAUAAAUGGGACGGUGACCUUUCUCAAAUGUUGCAGAAUGUUAGGGACAAGUUGAAUCAAGUCGCCGAGAGCUGGACCAGGGAGGAGAAGAACCAUUGUCUGGAGGAAACGGAAAAGUCAUUCAAAUAUUCAGGAGAGAUUCUGCGUCUCAUAUUGUCAUGAUGCGGAUAAUUCCUUGUUAUUUCGUUUAACGCUGCAAAAGCAUAAACGUUCAUGUGUAUAUUGAAAAUGUUUUAUUUCGCCCCGGUACCGUCGAUCUCUUCAAUGAAAUGAAACUACUGAUGUUGUACA